AUGAUCAAAUGCCGGUGUGAUCCCGGAGCUUCUGCCGAGGAGGGUGAAGUCUGCAGGGAAGACGAUGCAUACAACGUCGUCCUCCGCUGCCAGCUUGGAUUGCACUCCAUCGUGCUAGGCGCCGAAGUUAAAGCGGUGGACCCCUCUGUUGAAUGCGAGCCGGGUUCUACGGCUGGAUACGUGGAGUUCAAGACGAACCGCAAGCACUUAAAUAAGACGAAGCGGAACAAGUUCUACAAGCACAAGUUAAUGCGGUGGUGGGCCAACUGCCGCCUGGCUGGCGUCCCGAGGAUAUUGUGUGGCAUUCGCGAUGCCAACGGGAUUGUGCUCUACAUCAGGGAGUUCGAUGUCAUGAAGAUGCCGGAGAUGGCUAAGGGACAGUGGUCAGAUGACGUAUGCAUGAAUUUUUGCAACCGCCUGCUUUCCUUUAUCAAAGAGAAUGUUGAAGGGGAUGAUGGCAGGUCAGUGAAAAUUGCUAUUGAUUUUACCAGUUUGCAUU